AUUGCAACGUCACAUAACCACCUUGCACACAUUCCACAUAUGUGCUACACUUAAAAAUAACUCCAAGCUUGUUCAAGCCUCCGGAUUUCAUCUGGACCAUGGAGACGGUGACAGUUUCAGACAAAGAUGGCGCAUCGUUCGACAUGUACUUAUGUGAGGGCAUACAGUUCCCAUCAUUCUCUAAAACAGACUUGAAGACAACAGUGAACAGGUUCAAAUACCUUCAAGUCCGAGAUGAUGAUGUCUUCAUAGCAUCUUAUCCCAAAGCAGGUAAACACUGGAUAUACGAGAUUACAAACUCACUACUUACGGGAUCGAUGGAUUAUUUGACGUCAUAUGCUACCUCAGGAAAUACAUGGGAGACAGACUUCGAGGACAUAAAAUCUCCAAGAAUCAUAACCAGCCAUUUUUUAUUUAAGCAUUUUCCAACUGAACUCAGCAGCAAGAAAUGCCGUGUCAUAUACAUCACAAGAAACAUGAAGGAUAGUGCUGUGUCGUUCUACAGUCACAUGAGAAAACUGGGGGAUUCUACAGGUUACAGUGGUACAUUUGAAGGAUUUCUGCCUCUAUUUACAAGCGGUCAAGUUCCUUACGGGUCUUGGUUUCACCACACAAGGCAAUGGGAGGCAGUUCUGCAGGAACAUCCGAACUUGUCGAUAUUGUAUUUGGAAUAUGAAGAUAUGAAAAGGAACUUGUUAACAAACAUAAGGAAGAUCGCCAAAUUUCUUGGGGUCGAGGAAAAUGAAGAAUUAUUUGAAAAGAUUGUGGAGAAAUGUGACUUCAAGAAGAUGAGGAGUAGUGGAACAUUUGGCGCCCCCUGGAAAUCACUCACUAAAGAUAGCACGUCUCCUAUAUGUAGGAAAGGUCAGGUUGGAGACUGGAAGAACUGGUUUACGGUUGCUCAAAAUGAAACGUUUGAUGAAAUCUACAAGAAAGAAAUGAAGGAUUCGAAACUUAAAUUCGAAUACACACUUUGAUACAUUUAUCAAAUUUAACAUUGAAUUCAUAUAAAAUACUUAAUCGGAAGCAUCUUGUAUGAGUUGGAAGUGAGUGACGUCAUGUAAGGAAUUCCAGUGUAUAUAACUCGGGGCCUUAAAUGAUCCGAAUCACUAGUUGAUUUAAGGUGAUGUAUUAUACAUUGAUUACCUUCACUUUUCAAGAGGGAAGAACCAUAUCGUUAUUUAUGGUGCUCUGGUGACCAAGAAGCUACAUAGCCAGAGCGUGCAACCGGAUAGACUUCAAUCUAUUUUAUGAAAUUUGCAGUCAUGUUGCUGUAUCCAUCUAUGGGUUACUUGUUUUCAGUGUCGGUUAUGUUUUAACAC